CACUCGAGUCCCCGUCAGUUAUGUGCAGCUCAGACCGCUCGUUUCCAGGCCCCUCGAAACAGUUGAACCCGUGCCUGCAGUCAGGCAAUGGCACUGUCGGGUUCUGCGCCAGAGAGGCCUAAUGGUUCGGUACGAUCCGUAACAAAAGCUCGCAAAGGCUCGCCUGGAGCUUCACCCUUUGUACCUAGAGUCUACCCUCAUGCUGGAUCGACGAUUUCCAGUCAGUUAUGGAGGACGAUUUAGUUUGUGAAUACGACUCCACCUGGGACACAGAAAGCGAUGGAGACGACCUGGUGGAAAACGUAACGCGGAGAUCCAGCCAGGAUAAAACGCAGAAAUCCUGGGGUUUUUGGUCAAAUCCAUCUUCAAGAAACCUGCGUGCUGCAAAAGACAUGCAGAACUACAGGCGGGGAUAUCCAAAUAUCCAGGAAGAAGAAAACCAAGAGGAAAGAAUGAAUAAUUUAAAAUUUUACCUAAAUGAAAUUACUUCAUCCCCUGAUGAAGUCUCAAUAGAAGCUUUUCACAAAGAAUGGAAGACAGACUAUAAAAGACUGGAGAGAGUCCAUUCCUACAUUCAGUGGUUGUUUCCUCUACGAGAACCUGGGGUGAACUAUAUGGCCAGUGAACUUACCAAGAAGGAGAUCCAGGAAUUCAGAAAAAGUGAAGAGGCAAAGAAGAGACUCGUGGAAUCCUAUGAACUGAUGCUGGGAUUUUAUGGCAUACAGCUAAAUGACAAGGAGACUGGAGAGGUCAAGCGUGCCGAUAACUGGAGGGAGCGAUUUGCAAACCUUGAACGAAACAUGCACAACAACCUUCGCAUCACUCGUAUCCUAAAGAGCCUGGGGGAACUGGGGUUUGAGCACUAUCAGGCCCCACUAGUACAUUUUUUCCUGGAAGAGACGCUGGUCCGGAAGAACCUGAGCACAGUGAAGCGUAGUGUGCUGGACUACUUUGUGUUUGCAGUCCGGGAUAAGAAAGAAAGACGGACACUUAUCAAGUACGCCUUUCAGCACUAUGAGCCCAAGGACAAAUUUGUUUGGUGUCCUCGGAAGAUUCAGAAACGGCUUAAGAAGAAGUCUGAGAAGAAACCAGAGGUAGCCAGCAACCGAGAGACCCCAACAACUGAGGACGCACGCUCAAGGAACUUAGCCAAGGGUGGUGAAGCUGUGAGUGCUCGGAAGGAGGAGAAGUCACCCAGCAACCCAACAGAGACCCAGAAGCUAAAUGCGGAUGAAGCAAGCGCAGACUCAAGCAAGCUACUUGAGGGAUCUUCAGUUGACCUUGAGCCACCAACAAAAAUGUCAGAUGAUCAACAGGUCUUAGACCAAGAAGAGAUGGAUCAAUCUAGCAGCACUGAAUCCAGCCUUGAAAAGAACAAAGAUGAAAAAAAAGAAGAAGAGAGCCUCUGCAGAUCUAAUAGUACCAGUGAACUGGUGCCAGAUCCAACUGAUUCUGAAACUGCCCAGGAAAAACAAGACGAGAAGAAAAAGGAAGAAUCAGCUGAAGACUCAAACAGUUGCAUGGGGGAGGAGCUUCCCAACAACGAACUGGAGACAAAGGUAACUGAAUCCCCAGUUAAUGGUCCCAAGGAGUCCCAAGAGUGUCCCCCAAACACAGAGUCUCGUAGAACGGCAAGGGAAGGACCUGGAGAUGUUUCCCCUCCUCCAGAAGAAAGGCGAGCUGAAAAGCAGCCCAGGACCGACUUUGGUGACCUGUCCCUCGCGCUUAGUAAUGGGGAAAUGCCAGACGUGGCCGACAUGACAAGCAAAGAUGCAUGCAAUGGUUCAAACGCAUCAAUGCAGAGCAGUGUCACAGCACCCCAGGACAACAGUAAUACAGCUGGAAAUCAAUGGACAAAUGGAACAAAUGGCCAUAACUGCGGAGAACCAAUGGACAUUGAGACUGUUGCAAGUACUGAUAUGGAGGUGGAAAAGCUGUGAAUUGUCCACAGUGGGGACAAGCUUACUGAAUUAUUGUUCUUGGACUAGAGUGAAAUGGUUAAACUGUUAUGAAAAAACAUUAGACUUCUUGAUUGUAUUCCAGGCCUUGAUGCAUUGAAAGUAAAAUGGGUAAAAUGUGGUCCUUUGUAAACACUGGAACAUUUCCUGAAUCUCACUUCAAUAUUGUCAUCAUUCAGAUCUUGUUUUUUUCCAUUUCUCUGCGGCAGUUCCCUUGGUAACUGUCUAGACAGUAGGUUGCCUGUCUUGAAAUUAAUUUUGAAUACAAACAAACAUGUAAUAAAGCACAUGUUUGAGUAUUCUCAGAUUGUUUAAAAUGUGGUUUUCAGUUCUUUCGCAUACUCAGCCUGGAAUUUUGUGUAUGAAAAAGUAAACAUGAUUUGUGCAUUUGACAUUUUUGAAACCCGCAAAAAAAGACAUUUCAGUUGACACCUUGUUCUGUAUAGAUGAUGUUUCAAUUGUUAUUCUUUGGCACUGGAGAAAAAAUGAAAUUUUGUAUGGCGAUACAAAUUUAAAAUGAACUUCAUCCUUGGACUCCAGAAUAAAGCAUCUAAUGGAAUAAGAGGCAUUAUAAGUGGAAACAUGAUUGUACUUCACCUCCUUUACUCAAGGAAUGUUAUGCAGUUUUCCUAACAGUUGUGUUCAUUGCAGCUAACCAAAUGAUUGACUCUGAUUGUAAAAUUUCUGAAGUUAAAAUGUAUUCAAAUGAUAAACCCAUUUGGUCAUUAAAACUGGAUUCAUCUGUUGCCAUGGAUGAUUAUUAGAAUUAUUGUGAUAAAAUCCUCUGAAUAUAAUUUAUUUCAAUUGUAUGUUUUUCCUUGGCAUGUCUCUAUUGAUUAUGGAAUAUAAUUAUAGCCAAAAAAGUUGAAACCCUAAUUCUCUGAAAAUCUCAGGGAGAAUCAUAACUGAGUUAAAGGAUUGUGCUCCUCUUCUGGUAUUUGCAUUCCAUUGUAGUUUUUGGUUAGUGUAUUGUACGUCUUGUUAAUUUUUGCUUGUAGUUCUUAAGUAGACUUGGUAGUUCGGUAGUCAUAGGUUUUUGUUGGAUUUUGAAAAUCUACCCAAGCCUUCUCAGUGUGACACAAUAAAGUAAAAUGCACAACA